AUGAGGAAAGCGGCUGAUGCAAAGACGCGGCGGGCAUCGCCGCCGACGGCGUCAUACAUGUCCAAUGACCAAUUUGCAAGCUAUCUCUCCGAGCUCCGCGCCAACCGCACGACACGCCCUGGAGGAGCUCGGCCGUUACCGUCCCAGCUGAGCCGCGCCAGCACGGGGCGCUACAGCCUGGGUGGUGCAUCCGCCCAAGACGCCGCCAUCAACGACGCCAGCCACCAGCGCACGCCCUCGCAGGCCCCGAGCGUUGCCGCCGCCAGCAUACGGUCCCGCCUCUCCACGUCGAGCGGCCGUGACUACUACCCGGCGACGCCAACUGCCCCGCUGAAGCCGUCCGACGUCGUGCCCACGAGAACAUACAUGGAACGCGGCCAUAGAUGGAUGGAGAAGGAGGAGGCCGUCUCCCUGCGUGACGCCAUGGAAGAAAUGGACAUCCGCAGUGGUGCACAGGACGGCUCCGGCUCCGGCUCCGGCUCCGGCUCGGACGACGAGACGAGACUCUACAACGCCGCUCUUGACGAAGCUGCCGAGCUCGUUUGGCAGCACCAAAACGGAGUCGUCCCACGUCCUCCUGACGGGCCAUAUCGCUAUAGACCGCAUCUUAGAAAGAACAGCUAUGCGCAUGCCCGUACGGCCAGCAUCGGUGCAGAUUCAGACGACAUCGCCCCCAGUGGCCUCCGCCGGGACAUGGGCUCGCGCUCAGUCUCUGGCAGCUCCACCGGCAGCGACGACUCCUCAUACGCGCCUCGCCACUCUCUCGACUCGAACCAGUGCGCGGGCAACAGGAAGCAGAAACCCUACGGGAGCGUUGGCGCCCACAACCGUCGCACGAGCCUUAAGAGGAACAUCAGCGGCGAAGUGGAGCGACCCUUUUCAGGCGACCAGAUCUGGGAAGAGCCUGAGGUAUCGGGCGGCAGCGAGGGCGUUGCGAGCGGGCGGGCGUCGCCAAACAAGUUGAGCAACAAGCCUCCGAAUCCCGUCAGCUCCUCGCGAUUCUUCCCAUCUCGGGACGCCGCCGCGCAGGUCAAGCCGCUCAACCGAGUCGACAUAUACCGCAACCCUCCAACCCAGACUCGAAACGCUCAAUACACCAGAAACACGCCCUCGCCGGGACCAGGACCGACUCCCGACCCCUCGGUGCCCCGCAAGAACGGCAUGGAGGUCCGCAGCGACGACAUCCGCGCAGCCACCAGCAGGCGGCUCAAGGACCGCAGCUCCAGGCUCCCGGAGCCGACCGCCGUCAGCGACAGUCCGGGGCGGCCCAUUCCCAAGCUUCAACAGGCGACGCCCACGGCCGGGCCGGUAGGCCUAUGGGUAUCCCUACUGUCGCUGUGGAAGAGGAAGCUCCGCCGCGCUCACGGCAAGCGGCACGGCCGAGCGUUCCGUCAAUCGCUCAUCGCUGUGGACGAACUGAGCAGCGUUCCGGUGAUCGUGACACCUGAUGACAAGCCAGAGGGGAACAAGGCACGGCCGCUACCUCAGCCACGAGCUGCCGGACCGAAGGCCCGUGGCCUUCAGCGACCCCGCGGUCACUGGUCGCCUGCACCCGGGGCCAUGGCUCGUUCAACAACGGCGUGUCACGAGUGUGGGUUCCCGAUCGAGGGGCGGUUCGUGGCACUCGCGGGGUCGAAGGAGCGCUUCCACCCGCAGUGCUUCAGCUGCUUUAUGUGCGGCACGGGCCUCGAGGCCAUGGAGAUCAGCCACGAGCCCGAGCACCUCCGCAUGGAGAGGCUCGAGAGGAUCCGUCGCCGCGCGGCCGGCGAGCAGCUGGAGGAGGUACCGGGUAUGACGAUGGAGGAGGACGGGGACGAGCGGCUGCGCUUCUACUGCCACCUCGACUGGCACGAGCUCUUCGCCCCGCGCUGCAAGCACUGCAAGACGCCCAUCCUCGGCGAGCACAUCGUUGCGCUCGGGGAGCACUGGCACUACGGGCACUUUUUCUGUGCCGAGUGCGGCGACCCCUUUGAGCACGGCAUGACGCACAUCGAGAAGGACGGCUACGCCUGGUGCAUCAACUGUCAGACGAAGCGCACCGAGCGCCGGGCCCCUAAGUGCAAGAAAUGCAAGGUGGCCGUCAUAGGGCAGUACAUCCAGGCGCUGGGCGGCGAGUGGCACGAGCACUGCUUCCGGUGCGCAGAGUGCCAGGGGGGUUUCGACGACGGGCAGAUAUUCCCCAAGGAGGUGCGAGGGGGAAUGGUGGUGCUUUGCACGGCGUGUCGCACGCGAGACCUGAAGGCAUGA